ACAGAAUUAGUGACAUCCUGUUUGCUAGUGACCUCGACGAAUUUUGGAGCAAAAACAGAAGUCACCGAGUUUGCAAAGAUAAAAUAGCACAGUUACAUAAACUGAAGUUAUUUUAUAAGGAGUCGCGAUACUGCAUCUAGAAACCGACGAUGGGGUCGGUUUGGUUUUUAUUGGUGUUUGUGUUGAUGCCGUCUGGUGGAUCAGGCUACCCUCAAAAGACACUCCAUGACGUCAUUGAAAAGUCUAUUGCCGCGAGACGUCAGCAAAGGGAAGCAACUUGCGGAGGAGAGUUUGUAAAUGACAAUGGCGGCCACAUCCAACUCGAAACCAUCUCGGAAAAUGGUACCGAAUUCUACAAACCGGAUACAGAGUGCACAUGGAAUAUAAAGGUCAAGGAGGAUCACCACGUCAUCUUGAAUUCGUUGUACUUUGACCUGGAGCUGAGUGACAAUUGCGAAUGGGAUUAUGUAGAGAUAGUGGAUGGCCAUCGCAGUCACAAAUUCUGCAGCUGGGACCCAUUGCUUUAUAUCUCCGUUAGCAACAAGCUGACAAUGAAUUUCAAAUCCGACUACUCGUACGAGGGCAAAGGCUUCGAAUUUUCCGUGAUGCCGUCAAUUCCGAAUUUCAAACAAAAAGAUUCAGACAAAGGCAAGACAUGUAACAACUCAAUAAUAGCGAAAAGUGGCGACAAAGACAGUAUCUGGAAUCACGAGCAUGAAGGAAAGAACUGCUACUACUCAAUAAUGGUUCCCCCCGGUCAUACAGUGCAACUGAAGCUGAAAAUGCUGAAUUUCGCCUCCACAUGUGAAGAAGAACGUGUUGUGGUCCGGGAUGGAGUGAGUACCCAUGGAAAGACGCUUUGGACAAUAUGCAGUGGGGAGGUGCCGGAAAAAGAGGUGAAGCGUGCAAACAAGGUCUUCAUCGAGUACCACAAUCCUCUGGGCAACGAGGGUGACAGGUUUCAAAUCGAGUACUCUGUCGUCAUUGACAACUUUACACCGGCGCCGACCGUAGCACCAAAACCAUCACCUGUUGGCGGAAAUCAGAGCUGUAGCGGCAUUUUGUCUGAUAUCGACGAAGGGUUUACUGGACACAUUCUGUAUACGGCACCAAACUACGAAGACGACAGACACUGUGUUCUGGUGGUUCGUACAGCUACGCACAAUCAUGUAGUUCAGGUGCACUUUAACAGAUUCGAAAUGGAAGACUCGGACAACUGCGAGUUUGAUUCGCUAAACAUUUUCUCUGGAGAAAGGGCUGAUUCCGCUUCUCUUGGUGGUCCUUACUGCGCUUCCAGCUUGGAUGGUCGCACAUUUCUGAGCAGUGGGAACACAAUGCGAGUGGUAUUCAAGACGGACCAGUCUUUGUCUUUCUUCGGAUUUCAGGCCAAUUUCACAUUUGUGCACAUGGACCAUCUUGACAAAGAUUGUGGAUGCAGGAGGAAUGCAGUAUGUGUUGUACAAGGUUUUGAAAAGAUGUGCAUUGCCGGGUCCAAGUGUAGCGAUUCUCGCUGUGAGAAUGGAGCCACGUGUGUGAACAAUGGAAGUGCUGAUCAUUGCUACUGUACUGCAGGGUUCACUGGGAAAUUCUGCAAUGAAAGGGCAGGCUCUGCUGGUCGUCUAAAAUUUACACAUGCGCCUCAAAGCCGGACAGUCAAGAAAGGUGGAGAGUCUGAAAACCUUUGCCAGGUGGAGAAACCUGCAUCAGGACAACCUGUCCUCUACUCUUGGUAUUUUAAAGGACAAAUCAUUGGCGAUUACCAAAGAAGUUCCAAAUUUGGAGACCAAGGACAGGGUCUGCUAAGGAUUGGUGACUUUGAUGAAAAGUUUGAAGGAAGAUACACAUGUGUAGCUAGAGCGGGCAAUGCAACUGCGGAACACACACUUACUCUUACAAUGGUAGAGGAAUGCCUGCUAGAGAUGCAUGGGCCAUCGGAUUCAGAUUAUGAUACCGAUGAAACUGCCAUCAUGUCUUGUUCGGCCGACGGAGCAAACGACAUUUGGUGGGAGAAGGAUAAUGUGAAAAUAAAAACGGAACCAACAGGAAAAUUCAGUAAAAUGCAAAACAACUUUCUUCGUAUCGCCAACGCAGCUACACAGGACUCGGGUGUGUACACGUGCGUCGCCCAUGAUACAAAGGGCUGUGAGAGCAGACGCAGUGCACGGCUCACUGUAACGAACAGGGGAUACUAUGAAAAAUAUUGCGGUAUAGCCUAUACUGAUCAAGUACGCAAAAGCAGAGCUCAAGGUUACAUUUCUAUGGGCGAUGCAGCCCAUCCGAAGGACAACCCCUGGCACGUCAGUUUAUUUUCGAAGGGACAAAAUCGUCCGUUUUGUGGUGGGUCAUUGAUAAGCCGAAAAUUUGUAGUGACCGCAGCCCAUUGUAUUGGCGACUAUAAACCAGUCAACGAUUUUCAGACAAAUGUUAUGAUAGAAUUCGGCAGUCUUUCGUGUGCUCCAACUGCAGAUUUAAGACGGGCUAUUAAGUCCAUCACUAUCCACCCUCAGUUCAACAAGACUGCACCUUUUGACAGUGACAUUGCCUUGCUGGAACUCAGUGAGCCAGUGGAUUAUUCGGAUAACGUGCGUCCAGCAUGUGUUCAAGAUUACUCCAAGAUUGAAAGACUAAUGACUGGUUCAAGUAGUCCUCAAGGAAAGGCAGUUGGAUGUGGUGUACUCCGGCAGGGUAGCGAAGAACAACCAAAAGACCUUCAGCAAAUUUUCCUGCCGUAUGUGCAAAGAGACACAUGUGAAGAAGAUUUUGAAGAAACUAAGUAUCGACUAACACAGAAUAUGUUUUGUGCAGGCCAGAAGAAACGUCGAGUUGGCGACGUCUGCAAGGGUGACAGUGGUGGUGGUUUCAUGAUGGAAUUUCAGGGAAGGUUCCAGUGGGUUCUCGCCGGCAUUGUUUCGUUUGGGUUCCUGUGUGAUAGUCCAAACAACUACACCAUGUUCACCAACGUGGGCAAAUUCUAUGGUUGGAUAGACGGCAUUGCCAAGUUUACUGAUGAGAAAGUCAACAUCGACUUUCUUGACAACUGAUUAUAUCUUCAGUGCUACCUACAUGCUUGGUCAAGCAUGGUCAACGUUUUAAUUGAGAUGACUUUUAACGGAUUAUUAUUUAAACAAAAACACGAAAACUUUGAUUAACUUUGCUUCAAUGAUUGGAUGGCUUGUUGCAAACCAACGAUUCGUUAAAUUGGUAUUUUUAAAUCAUUUUUAAUAUCCAGCGUAUCAGCUGAAUAUGUUUUCAUAAUUGUUCAUGGAAUGAAAAAUGCAGUAUCAAAUAACAAAACAAACGGUGCUUCGAUUAAUAUAAUGCAUAUACAUGCAUAUUAAAUUUGUUUUAUGUAAUCAUUUAAAAUAAAGUCAUGUAUUUUCGAGAACAAUGCUGCUCAUUUUUUAAUUAAGAAUAUAUUAACUGCAUUGUCUUUGUGCCAUGUAAAUAAAAUAUGUGCUUAAUUCGAA